AUGACUUCUCGAGACGGUUACCAAUGGACAAAGUCCUCUGGGCUUGUAAAAGGUGUACCCAGUAUCGGUGUUAUACAGCCGCCUACAAACAUUAGAGACGAACAGGGGGCCUACGACGUCGUUGUUGUCGGAGCAGGUUAUUGUGGGCUUACAGCAGCCAGAGAUGCUGCGUUGUCAGGCCUCAAAGUGUUGCUGCUAGAGGCUCGCGACAGAAUUGGUGGUCGUAGCUGGAGCUCAAACAUCGAGGGCUACCCAUUCGAGAUGGGUGGCACCUGGGUCAGUUGGGGACAGCCUCACGUUUGGAGAGAGAUCUCGAGAUAUGACAUGCGCAAUGAGUUGGAGCUCUCUCACGACUAUAGUCGAGGCGUGAAUCAUUGCUCGCUCAAUUCCUCUAGCGGAAGCCGCAGCAUGAGCCAUGAGGAAGAAGUAAGUCUCAGCGGACUCCCAAGCUUGAUACACGUGCUGAACGUAAGUAGNGAUGAAUUGAUGGACUCCGCUUUGAGAAAAUUUGCCAACGUUGAUGGUGAGCUUGGGCGAAAAGUCAUGCCUUUUCCGCACAGCGAAGGCCACAAUCCGGAGGCCGCAAAAUACGAUAGAAUGUCUGUCGCAGAUCGCGUUGCUCAGAUCAAGGACGACCUCACACCAGAUGAGUACACUGCUCUACUCGCAUUUGUUCUGCUUUGCAGCUGCAGCACACCGGAGAAGACCAGCUUCUACGAAUUUUUACACUGGUGGGCACUUUGCAACUACUCGUACGAGUAUUGUAUUGAGUACCUCAUCAAGUACAAGUUCAAGGGAGGACAAUCGAGCUUUGCCAUCAACUUCUUCAAGGAAGCUUGCGCGACAGGCAGAUUCUCAUAUGCUUUCAACACUCCAGUCGCAGCCAUCAAGGACAAUGGCAGUGAGGUCCAUGUGGCCGCAAGAAAUGGAAAGACAUUCAAGGCGGCCAGACUGAUCUCAGCGAUCCCCAUGAACAUCCUGAAGGACGUGACCUUUAGUCCGGCGUUGAUUCCAGGCAAGCUUGACGCCUCGAAUCGUGAACACGUCAACAAAUGUGUCAAGCUCCAUGCUGAGGUCCGCGAUAGAGAUCUGAGAUCUUGGAGUGGCAUUACAUACCCCAACGGAAGCUUACUUUAUGCCAUCGGUGAUGGUACGACUCCCAGCGGCAAUACACACAUUGUUGCCUUUGGCGGGUCGCACAAUCAUCUUCAGCCGGAGAAGGACAUCAACAAGACCAAGGAGGCACUCCAAGCACUGACUCCCAUGGAUAUUGAGAGAGUGGUAAGUCGGUCCACAGCUUGUGCCUUAAUAUCGUCGUUAACGACUUCCAGNGUAUUCCACAACUGGGCGGAUGAUGAGUUUGCUAAGGGCGCUUGGUUCUUUUCUCCUCCGGGUCUCGUGACGGAACAUCUGGAAGACCUCCGGGCUCCACAGGGUAACAUGUACUUUGCCAACUCCGACUGGGCAGUAGGUUGGAGAAGUUUCAUUGAUGGCGCUAUUGAGGAGGGUACCCGGGCUGCGCUGGCAGUCAAGAGAGACCUCGAUAGAAGUCGUUCAGCAAACCUCUAG